UCUAAGUCUCGACUAAAAUCUCCUUCCUAUAUUCCAAAGUUUGCUGAACAGAAAUAUACAUUUAGAGGCCCAUUGUGUCAAAAAUGGCACUUUCCAAACAGAAAAUUCCCGGCACUGCCCAACACUUCCUGGAGUGUGGUACUGAAUAUUGUGAGAGAAAUUGUGAAUUCUACUGCAAUUCCUGCCAUCAUCAGAUGUGUAAACCAUGCAGAGACAAACAUCUUAAGAUUCCAGAAAACAAAAACCAUGAAGUGGUCCUUUAUCAGCAACGGAGACGACAACUCCCUGUGAAGAAAUGCAAGAUCCACCCCACCAAAGAAAUAGAUAUUUUCUGCAAAGAAUGCAAUAUUCCUUUAUGUUCCAAGUGUUCAACAAUGCAAGAUCAUCUUGGGCAUCAAUUUAUUGAUUUAGAAAUUAUAUACACAGAGAAAUUUGAAAUUUGCCGUAAGGAACUCUCUAAAAUUCAUAAUUAUUUUAUACCUACAUCAGAGGAUUUACAGAAAGAAGUUCGGGAAGAUGCCACAGAAGUUAGACAGAUCAUGGACAGCAUACGGACAUCCAUGAAGGCUGAAGCUGAAUCUCUCAAAAACAUGGUGGAUACAGUACUCCCAGAAAAUAUGGAAGAAUUAAACCAAAUAGAGAAGUCAUUACUGGAGAAAUUAAAGAGCCAAGAAAAGACAUUUGAUGAUUAUAUUGCCUAUCUCAGUGACCUUGUUAAAGAGUUCCAGAGUUACCUGUCCUCUACUGAGCUCUCCAACUUCGCAACUAAACUCCCUGAGAACUUGAAAAUAAAAUCCAUACCAGAGACCACAAAACCUGUCACACCAGAAUUUUCUCCUGCUCAAUACAGCAAAGCAGAUGUUGAUAAAUUACUGGGGAAGAUAACUAAACACGAUAAAGAUCUGAAAUCAGACAAGAAACAAACAAUGUCUCUAUCUGCCUCUGUCACCAAGGUCAGGAAGUUCAAAGUACCAGGUGUUAAUCAUGUAUACCAUGUAUCACUAGAUCAAUCAGACAGACUCUGGAUCAGUGAUAGUGAUGGUAAUCUUGUCCAAACAGAUCUACAGGGGAAUGUGAUACAGAAGAUAGAAACCAGUGGUAGACGUGAAGGUUACCACACAGUCACACAGGACAGGGAUCUGAUCUUUACAGACAAAGGCAAGAAAGUCAUCAAUAGGAUAACACAGGAUAAUAAUUUCAUUGAAUUCAUUAAUACAGGAGAAUGGGCACCAAUCAGCAUACACUCGUCCCACAUCAACGGUGACUUACUGGUCGGGAUGAAGAAGGACAGACAGGGUAAAGUCACCAGGUACAACAAGACAGGGAAAGAACUACAGAACAUACAGAGGGAUAACAAAGGACAGGAACUAUAUAAUUAUCUACGCUACAUCACAGAAAACAUCAAUGGAGAUAUCUGUACAUCAGACUGUAAUAAAAAGGCAGUAGUGGUGGUGAAUAAAUCAGGACAACACAGGUUCUCCUACAAAGGCCAAGAGUCAGGGUUCUAUCCCUAUGGAAUCGGUACUGAUGUCCUCGGUCAGAUCCUGGUGUGUGAUAAUUCCAGUAUCACUGUUCACCUCCUUGAUCAGAACGGUCAGUUCUUGUCUCUAUUACUCACACCACAACAAGGGGUAGAGUAUCCCCGUAGUGUGUGUGUGGAUGGUAAGAACAAUCUCUAUGUGGGACAAAAUUUCACCAACACACUGACAUUGUUCAAGUGUUUUAAGUGAUUAUAAUUCUAUCACAUGUACAUAAUUGAAAAACUUAAAUCUGUGAUUUUCAGUACAGAAAUGUAAAUCCUAAAUAGAGUUCAACAUUAUACUGAACAAAUGUACAU